GGUUUUUCAAAGUCAGUGCUUCUUUGUAGGCUUGUUCCUCAUUUCCUUCCUCAUUCUGACAACUCUGCCUGUACAGACAGGACUAGAUGUACUCACGGCCUCCAUUGUGGUUCCUGCAACUCCGUUCUUUAUUCAGCAGCUUUUCAGAUGUCUUUUCAGAAGAACUGCAUCUGGAGCACUAUGACAGCAAACAAUAUAUUUGGGAAAUAUACAGAUGCUAUUGAACUGUUAGCAGAACAGUGGGAAAAUUAUUGGUUGAUUCAGUGGAAAGCUUCAAUAGCAGUAGCAAAAACCAGCUUUGCUCUCUGCUUUCAAGGCCAUGGGCACUCAACCUGUACCUGCCUUUGGAAUGGGAGGACAGCAAACCUCAAGCUUUGGGCUGUCAAGCUUUCCUGUGAGCAGCAGCAGCAGUACCAGUGCCAGCAGUUUCUCCUUUAAAACCGGUUCCAACCUCACAAAUUCAGCAUCAUCUGGGAGCAGCCCUGCUGCUGGGAGUUCUCCUGCUGCUGCAAAUCCUCCUGCAUUUGGGACAGCAUCCUCUCCUAGUGCACCCCAAUCCGUCGGCUUUGGCAGCCCGGCCGCUCCAUCCGCAGCCUCCUUCUCCUUUAAAACAGCUGCCACAGCUGGUGGCUUUGGGACUUCUGGCUUUUCAGGCUUUGGCAGCGCUUCUGCUGUGAACUCUGCAAGCACCACUCCGCUCCCAGCCUUUGGAGCCUUCAGUGCCACCAUAGGCACUUCUGCCUCGCCUUUGAGCGGUGCUUUAUUUGGACAGAGCGCCAGUGCCUCUGGACAUGCUGUCACCUCAGCCUCUGCUGCAGGCAGCAGCUCCAGCCCUGCCUCAGAGAAGUUAUUCACACCCAAGAGCGAGUUAUCAGCUGAAGAGUGGCAACAGUUUGAAGCAAAGGAGUUCACAAUUGGAAAGAUUCCUCUUAAGCCACCACCAUUAGAACUUUUAAAUGCUUUCAACCUUUUAAGUUUUUUCUGAAAUGUUGUUAAUUUUUAUUUCCUUUGUCAAUUCUCUUCUGCAGAAAUAAAUGUACAAGUAUAAACUUUUGAAUGUUAAUUUGGGACAGACUUUUUACAUCUGAGAUAUGAACUGUUGAAACUAAAAUGGAACAUUUCCUUC